CCGGCCGCUUCCCGACGACAAGUAUUCGGCUUGGACCCGGCCAUGAUGCGAGUCCCGGCAUCCCUUCGGGAGCCAGUAACACGAGUCAGGACGCCAGCCAGCACCAGCACACCGCAGAUCCCGAGGAAGGAAUGAGGAGUGAGGAGCAGGCGGUGAUCAUGGAGGAGAGCGAGGGGCCGGACGACGAGGCAGCGCAGGGCGGCCCGUGCCCCGGGCUGGCGCCGGCUCCUCCGGGCCACCUCGGGGCUCCGUACUCCGAGGCCUGGGGCUACUUCCACCUGGCCCCCGCGCGCCCCGGGCAGCCCUCGGGCCGCUGGGCCACCUGCCGGCUGUGCGGGGAGCAGGUGGGCCACGGCCCGGGCCUGCAGGCGGGGACGCCUGCGCUGUGGAGGCACCUGAGGAGCGCGCACCGGCGGGAGCUGGAGAAGAGCGGCGCCCGGAGCUCGCCGCCCGGGGCCGCCGAGGGCGACUGGGCGCGCCUGCUGGAGCAGAUGGGCGCCCUGGCCGUGCGCGGCAGCCGGCGCGAGCGCGAGCUGGAGCGGCGCGAGGCGGCCGUGGAGCGGGCCGAGCGGGCCCUGGAGCAGCGGCGGCGCGCGCUGCAGGACGACGAACGCGCCCUGGAGCAGCGGCGGCGCGCGCUGCAGGACGACGAACGCGCCCUGGAGCGCCGGGGGCGCGCGCUGCUGGCGGAGCGGGAGCUGCUGCAGGCGCGGCUGCUGGAGCAGAGUCGCCACGAGGGCGCCCCGGCGUGUGCCAGCGGGCCGCCCCUGCCGCUCAAAGACGAACCGGAAGGAGACGGGGCCAUCCUCACCAAGGUCCUGCUGUGAGGGCGUGGCCGCGGCCACCGACCCCGCCCUCGCUCCCGCACCGAGCCGCCC